CGGAGUCGAAAUUCAUCAGUAAACAGGCAUUGUGGGAUAAGGGCGGAAUUGUAGUGGUUUCCGGAUUCCCUGGAUUGGCCUGCUGGAAAGAGAGGAAUCAAGGAAGGUGGAAAAACGACAACUUUUGUGUUUUAUCAAGAGUUUUAACAGUUUAGUCAUCUGGGAAAACAAUCAUGUCGCAGUCUGGAGAGAAAGGAAAGUUUCCUGAUGCUGCCGGUUAUGUCGGCUUUGCUAACCUCCCCAAUCAAGUGCACAGAAAGUCUGUGAAGAAGGGAUUCGAGUUCACCCUGAUGGUUGUAGGAGAGUCUGGUCUUGGGAAAUCAACCCUUAUCAACAGCUUGUUUUUGACAGAUCUGUACCCAGAACGCUAUAUACCUGGAGCAGCAGAGAAGAUUGAGCGCACGGUACAGAUCGAAGCGUCCACUGUGGAAAUCGAGGAGAGGGGAGUUAAGCUCCGCCUGACUGUGGUUGACACGCCGGGAUAUGGAGAUGCCAUCAACAGCCAGGACUGCUUUAAGACCAUCAUCCAGUAUAUUGAUAACCAGUUUGAGCGUUACCUGCACGAUGAGAGCGGACUGAACCGUAGACACAUCGUGGACAACAGAGUACAUUGCUGUUUUUACUUCAUCUCACCAUUAGGACACGGCCUGAAGCCUCUAGAUGUUGAGUUUAUGAAGGCCAUUCACAGUAAAGUCAACAUUGUUCCUGUAAUCGCCAAAGCCGACACUCUUACACUUCGAGAGAGAGAACGUCUGAAGACAAGGAUUUUGGACGAAAUCAGCGAGCAGGGGAUUCGGAUCUAUCAGCUUCCUGAUGCCGAUUCGGACGAAGAUGAGGAAUUUAAGGAGCAGACGCGUGUCCUCAAGGCCAGCAUCCCAUUCGCCGUGAUCGGCUCAAAUCAGCUGAUAGAGGUGAAGGGGAAGAAGAUCCGUGGACGUUUGUAUCCGUGGGGCGUGGUGGAGGUGGAAAACCCUGAACACAACGACUUCCUCAAACUGCGUACUAUGCUAGUAACUCACAUGCAGGACCUGCAGGAGGUCACUCAGGAUCUUCAUUAUGAGAAUUUCCGUUCAGAGAGACUAAAGCGAGCUGGCAGAGCGGCUGAUGAAGAAGUUAUGGACAAAGAUCAGAUUCUCCUGGAGAAGGAAGCUGAGCUGAGGCGCAUGCAGCAGAUGAUCGCGCAGAUGCAGGCGCAGAUGAGGAUGAAACCUGGAGAUGACUAAGAGUCUGUGUGUGUUUGUUUUCUUGUACUGUAUGCAUCUAUUUGUGUGUUGUGGGAACAGAAAGUGCCAUCAAGCAAUGUUUGUACUCUUUAUUUUUAAACACUAUUUGCUUGUCUAAUGUCAUUAAAUGUCAUUUACUCGACCACUAAUGUACCACAAGAAUGACCUCUACACUGUCCAUUAUGAUGUCGUGUAGUCAAACCUCUUCGUCCAAUCAGAGUAGACACUAUUAAUUUAUAUCGCCUUUAGUCUGUAAAAUGAUCAGGUCAUUUGUUUCUUUCACCUGGACAUAUUUUUUUAAACAGAGAUGGGAGCUUUUAAUGUAAGAAAAUGUAUUUUAACAUGCAUCUAAAUUAAGUUUACAGUCUUACCAAAUGUUUUUUAAUUGCGUACAUAUCAUACGUCCAAAACAGUAAUGCAUUCAGUCUAUUUAAGUGUGUAUUUGUGUAUAGAUGUGCAUUUUGCACUGCAUUCAUCAUUGGAUAAACAUAGGUUGAGAUUGAAGUAAGGUUUAGAGAAGAUGCAGUUUUGAAAUUUGAAUCCGGUGGCUUGAAAUCUUAGAUUGGGCAGGGUUUCCCUCUAGUGGACAGUUUAGAAAAACAAAAUAAGAUAUUUAAAGGGACACUUCACCCAAAAAUUUAAAUUCUGUCAUCAUUUACUUAACAUCAUGUUGUUACAAACCUGUAUAAAUUUCUUUGUUCUGAUGAACCCGAAGAUAUUUUAAGGGAUGUUUGUAACCAACCGAUCAUGGGCCCCAUUCACUUCCACACUAGGAAAAAAUAAUACUAUAGAAUGGUUUGGUUACAUCAGAAAAAUUAAUUUAUACAGGUUUUGAGACAAUGAUGACAGAAUGUUUAUUUUUGGGUGAACUGUCUCUUUAAACAUUUCGCCAUGGUUGAACAAUCUCAUGUUUGAUUAAUUUUAGUAAUGUCGUAUAUGAUCACGUCUUUAAUAAAGAGAAUGGUUGUUAGGCCUAGCAAAAUGUUUAUGAAAGUUCACCUUUCUUAUUUUAAGAGCGUGAAUGAAGUAAUGGUACUAAAAUAUUGCGGUUAUGUGUUUAUCACAUCAGUGCAUCAUUGUCUCUCUUUCUCUCAUUGUUAAAUCACAGAAAUGCCUUAAAUGUCUAGUAAUGGUGCACCCAACUUUAAUCUCUUUAUAUCUUUUUACAGCUUGGGGUCUUUUUUGUAUCAUGAGUUUUAAUGCUUGCUUUUCACUUCCUCGUAAUAUUUUAGCGUCUACUGCAAACUUGUUGAUCUUUGUUGACCAUCUGAAACAUUUAACUUUAUAUAUUUUAUGAGAACGGUACAAGAAAAUUAAAUUAUGCUAUAACAUCACGACUGUGUUUAUUUACAAUAUUGUUAUGAGUUAUCUGCUCUAUUUUUAAAGUAUACUGUAAACACGCUGAUUUUGUUUUGAUGUAUUUGCGGUUCAGCCCAUUUAUUUUUACUUGCUUAUCUCCUCCUCGGGCCUUUUUUUUAGAGUAACACAGUUUUAUUGUGCAGUAAUACAUCUCUGUUUUAAAUCUUACUUUUUGUACUUGCUCACGUUGAGAAAUAAAUAACUUUGAGUCAUC